CCCAAUAUUUUUCAAUACAAUAGGAAUCAAUCUCAAACCCUUCAAUCCCCUUUCUCUCUCUUUCCACCCCUGCAACCCAAAACCUCAUGACCACCACCAUCUUAGAUCUACCAAAUUCACACACAACACUCACUAAUCACUAACCCCACAGCCUCAAUUCACACAUCUACAUGCUCAAUUUCAAUGGGAAGUGAACAACAACAACAGCAACAACAAGUCUUCCCCUGGUUAAAGUCUCUACCUUUAGCCCCAGAGUACCACCCAACCCUAGCAGAGUUCCAAGAUCCAAUUGGGUAUAUUUUCAAGAUCGAAAAAGAAGCUUCACAAUAUGGGAUUUGUAAAAUCAUCCCACCCGUUUCUGGGUCUUCAAGAAAAACAGUAAUUAGUAACCUGAACCGGUCUCUGUCUUCAAGAACCGCUGAUUCAUCACCUACAUUCACUACCAGACAGCAACAGAUCGGGUUUUGUCCAAGAAGACAUCAUAGACCGGUUCAGAAGCCGGUUUGGGAGAGUGGGGAGGUGUAUACGGUUCAGGAGUUUGAAGCAAAAGCUAAGGGGUUUGAGAAGAGUUAUUUGAGAAACAGGGGAGGGGUGAAAAGGGAUUUGAGUGGGUUGGAAGUUGAGAGUUUGUACUGGAAGGCUCAUGUGGAUAAACCGUUUUCGGUUGAGUAUGCGAACGAUAUGCCCGGUUCCGCGUUUGAUCGAAUGGGGACAGGUGGGGGGAGAUUAGGGGAUGGGGGGGUGACUGUGGGGGAGACAGAGUGGAAUAUGAGAGGGGUAUCGAGGUCGAAAGGGUCGUUGUUGAAGUUUAUGAAGGAGGAGAUACCGGGGGUGACGUCGCCGAUGGUGUAUAUUAGUAUGUUGUUUAGUUGGUUUGCUUGGCAUGUGGAGGAUCAUGAUUUUCAUAGUUUGAAUUAUAUGCAUAUGGGGGCUGGGAAGACUUGGUAUGGUGUGCCGAAAGAUGCAGCGGUUGCGUUUGAGGAUGUGAUUCGGAUGGUUGGUUAUGGUGGAGAGAUUAAUCCUAUUGUGACUUUUGCCACUCUUGGUGAGAAGACCACAAUUAUAUCCCCUGAAGUAUUACUUAAGGCUGGAGUCCCUUGCUGCAGAUUGAUACAAAACGCUGGAGAAUUUGUUGUCACUUUCCCAAGAGCAUAUCACUCCGGUUUCAGUCAUGGAUUCAACUGUGGGGAAGCAGCUAAUAUCGCAACACCUGGCUGGUUAACAGUUGCACGCGAAGCUGCAAUACGUAGAGCUUCGAUUAAUUGUGCUCCCAUGGUGUCUCAUUAUCAGUUGCUUUACGAUCUCGCAGUAUCAUUAUCUUCAAGUGUACCAACAAGCAUCAAACCCGAACCGAGAAGUUCCCGAUUAAAAGAUAAGCUAAAAGCGGAGGGAGAAUCAUUGGUGAAAACGCUUUUUUUACAAGACAUUACGGAAAACAACAAUCUUCUUCACGUUCUCGGAAAAGGGUCUUCAAUUGUGCUUAUUCCCGAGGAGUUUUUAGACAGACGGCUUCCCGCUAGUUUCAACACUCAAACCGAUGAAUUCAAAUCCAAACAUGGCUCGGAUUCCGAUGAUGAUGCCAUCCAAGACAAAAGGCAGCAGAGAAUAUAUUCUUCAUUUCUUAAUAGGAAUAAUAGGAUCACGUUGAUUAAUGAGAAAGAUGAUUCUGAUAAGGGUUUUGAAGGUGUUAAAAAGCCCGAUCCUGGUAUAUUUUCGUGUGUUACGUGUGGGAUUUUGUGUUAUGCAUGCGUUGCGAUUGUUCGACCGACAGAAGCAGCGGGUAAUUACCUUAUGUCGGCUGAUUCUAGUGGCAUUAGUGAUCUAGGUGCUGCCACAGGUUUCUUCGACGCUAAUGAAGAUGCAAGUGUUGUGGGCCCUAAAUCGUCUUCAGGGAAAAUGGCGAAAAGCAAUUGUGACGGCUUGUUUGACGUUCCAGUAAAAACCAGUGAUCAAAUUCAAACUGUAAAUAAUUUGAGUAUAACUUCAGUUACCGCACCACCGAAAGUUAAUUCUUCUCUUGGCCUAUUGGCCUUAACUUAUGGCGAUUCUUCAGAUUCGGAUGACGAUCAUGUAGAGACCAAUAUUCAUACAAAUUACGGGGAUCAUGAUGACAUGAAGUAUACAAAUGAUGUAACUUAUGAUUGUUCUGUUGAGUUUGAAGGAAACAAAAAUUUUAAGAAAUUAAGUUAUGAAGAGGACCCGUUGUUAGAUGAAUGUGAGAAUGAGGAAAGGGGUACGGAUACGACAUGUGAUGAAGAUUCUUCGAGAAUGCAUAUUUUUUGUCUUCAGCAUGCUUUAGAAGUAGAACAACGACUUCGGACCGUUGGUGGUGUUCAUGUGCUGCUCCUUUGUCACCAAGAUUAUCCCACUUUAGAUUCUGAAGCAAAAUCAGUGGCAAAAGAAUUGGGAACGGAUCAUAGCUGGACCGAUCUCGAAUUCCGAGAGAGUAACACAAAGGACGUAAAAUGGAUACAAUCGGCUCUAGACAAUGAAGAAGUGACUCAUGGCCCGGGGGACUGGGCUGUAAAAUUAGGAAUGAAUCUUUUUUACAGUGCUAGUCUUAGCCGACAACCCCUUUACAGCAAGCAAAUGCCGUACAAUUCAGUUAUUUACAACGCGUUUGGACAUGUUUCUUCUUCUAACAGUCCUACAAAGCCGAAGCCAUCCGGUAGGCAGAAGAAGAUUAUCGUGGCUGGAAAAUGGUGCGGGAAAGUUUGGAUGUCGAAUCAGGCUCAUCAUUUGUUAGUCGAUCGCGAUCCCGAAGACCAGGAUGAAAUCGGGGGUUCGGUUUUGUCGAAUUCGAGAAACGAAAGACAAUUCGAAAAUACCCAAGUGGUAGUUAGUAGGAAUUCGUCAAGGAAACGGAAGAACGUUACGGUAGAAACUAGACGAAUGAGCGUAACGACUAAGUUCCCAAAAGUUGAGCCAUCACCAUCACCACCGCAAUCGCCGUCACCAUCGCCGUCACCGCCGCCAUCGCCGUCACCGUCACCAUCUCCGACGUCGGUCGAUUUGCCGCCGAGUGGUGGUUUCAGGCGGCAGCCGAGGACUAACGUUAGAAAGAAUCAAACCCGACAGGAAGCCGCAACCCCUUUGUCGAGAAACGUUAGAUCGUUUGACAUGGACUCUGAAGGAGACGAAGAGACCACCGGCGGGCCCAGCACACGGUUACGAAAGAGGAUUAUAAAACCGCGGUCGAAAGAAUACGAAGACUGGGCCGAAUCAAAACCGAGGAUCAAGAAACAAAACACCACCAAGAAAGCGAAAAAACCGCGCGCUGUUGUUAAACCGAGGGUAGAAGAAGAGGAGGAAGUAGAAGGAGAGUUUGGUUGUGAUAUCGAAGGAUGCAACAUGAGUUUCGAAAGCAAACCCGAGCUCAUAAUUCACAAAAAGAACAUCUGUCCCGUAAAAGGAUGCGGGAAGAAGUUCUUUUCGCACAAGUAUCUGGUUCAACAUAGGCGCGUACACAUGGACGACCGGCCGUUGCAAUGCCCAUGGAAAGGGUGUAAAAUGACGUUUAAGUGGGCGUGGGCUCGGACGGAACAUAUCAGGGUGCAUACGGGGGCUCGACCGUAUGUGUGCAGCGAGGCCGGGUGUGGUCAAACGUUUAGGUUCGUGUCGGAUUUUAGUCGGCAUAAACGGAAGACGGGGCAUUCGGUGAAGAAGCAAGUUGAAGGAAGGUGAAAAAAAUGAUGUUUUAGAGUGUAAUGUUAAUGUUAAGAGAGAUGAAAUUGUAACUUUUGUUUCUAAUUGUUAACAAAUUGAUGCAGGAAUUAGGGUUUUAUUUUAGGAAGAAAGGAAGGAAUAAACCAUUUGUGACUUGAGUGUUGCUAAAGGGGACUGACUGACUUUCUUGUCAUUCAAUUCAAGUUUCACCCUAUUCCAUUGUU